GCUGUGGCAGUGUGCUCCUUCGUGCAGCUCUUGCUCUCCUUCCUCGGUGGGCCGGUGCAGCUCUCCAACAGUCUUCUGGAGCAAGAGCAGCCCCCUGUGGAUCAGCUGGGUCUGCUGCAGUUCUGUGUACCUCCGUAUCGACCGGGGCCGAGCUUUGUCUCUAAGGUUAUUAUCAGCAUCCUGCAGUACUCCCUCGUCACGCCGUGUCUCUUCCUGAUGACAACCAUCGUGUGGCGCUCUCUGAAGGAUCCGGAUUUGGCCAGAUUACAUCGCGGCCUUCUCCACCUCCAUGCGCU